AUGAGCCAACGCCGAUACAACGUAGAACGAUCAUGUCUACGCUGCCAUGCGCACAAGAUCAAAUGCGACAAGAACUCACCAUGCGGCAAAUGCAUGCGGCUGAAUAUAGCCUGCCAGUAUCCAGGUCCCAGUCGUGUCAAGCGCCAAUCCCCAAAGAAGAGCACAGGCGAUGUUGCGGCACGGCUGGAGCAACUUGAACAGUUAAUUGCGGCGAUGAUCAAGGAACGCUCGACCAGGAAUAGUCAAAACCAAGACCCAAGUACGGUCUUACCCGGCCGAUCCGCUGCAGCAGACCGCCCUACCCACCAAGGGUUCCUAGACAAAGACGGCCGGUAUAUCAAUGAGCCUCUCCUCUCGCGGGUGCUGGAGAAGGAGCAGGAACUGAAGUCCGCAAUUGGAUCACCCAUUGGCGCAACAAGUCCGCGUCGACCACCGGCCUUAAGGGCAGAUGGCCUCUUCACGAACCCGCUGUCACCUCAGCUUGACAUCCAGGAGCUAUAUCCGAGUCAGUGGCAGGCAGUUUUGCUCUGGCAGGCAUUUCUCAGUUGUGUAGAGCCCUUGGUGAAGGUCAUUCAUGUUCCAACGGCGCAGUCACGUAUUUUUGCUGCGAUUAACCGACCUGAGAGUGUGCGUGCUGAUGUACGUGCUUUGCUCUUCGCUAUUUGUUUUGCCGCUACAACAACGUUUCUUUCGGAUGAUCCUCAUAAUGAAGUCCUGCAUGCCAAUCUGCGGCGGUAUCAACAUGGGAUGGAAUUGUCUUUGUAUCACUCCGAGUUUUUGGAUGCUCCGACCCUUACUUCGUUGCAAGCGAUGGUAAUAUAUCAGGCGUGCUUUCGGUUUAGCAAUAGCGGCCGGUCUGGCUGGACAUUACAUGGCGUAACUAUUCGAGCCGCGCAGUCCAUUGGACUCCAGCGCGACGGGAAAAACUUCAAACUCUCACAAUUGGAAUGCGAGCAACGGCGACGAACCUGGGGACAUAUCCAAUCGGCCGAUACCCGAGUGGCGGAAGAUCAUGGGCUCAGCGUCCCGGAAAACGACUACGGCGACACCGAACUCCCGCUGAAUAUCGACGACCAAGACGAACUCCGCCCAGCCGUAUCGCAGAACCGAUGGACCGAGACCACAUUCUCUCUAAUCGUAAUAGAAAUCAAUCGGGGACGGCCGGCUUUACAUCGAAGCUUAGUGGGAGCAGCCGAUCCAGAGCGACUCAUCGCCGAGUUUAGAGGCGCAAUAGAGGAGAAAUACCUACGCCACAGCGACCCAGACAUCCCGAUCCAGCGCUUCGGCUUCCUCCUCGGACGGCUGCUCCUCACAAAGACCGAAGUGUGCCUCCGACAAAAACAACUGCAGUCACAGGGGCCGGCGGCCUGCUCACUCGACCACAACCUUGUCCAAGAGACACUGGCACAGGCCUGCUAUGGCAUGGAAAUUGGUCUCGAGAUGCACAAUAGUGAAUUACUGCGUGGCUUCCGUUGGCUGAUGAUGACUUUCACACAAUAUCACCUCUUCACCUUCAUUCUCUGGACUCUGUGUGUUUAUCCAACCGGCCCGCAUGUCGAACGAGCCUGGCGCGCUAUCGAUAUGCAGUUUGCUCUGAUUGAUGACCCCUCUUGGCCGGACCCCGGACCUAAGUGGCCGAUGAUUGUGCAGUUGCGUGACAAGGCGCGGCGUAUUCGUCAGACGCACGAUUCUGCGGAACAGAGUCAGCAAAUCGUCCACGAUAGUUGUGCUGCUUGUGCUGAUGGGGUGGGGACUGGGGAUCCUCGGCUUGAGGCAGGCUUUGAUAUCGAUAGUUGGGAUCCCAACUUUGUCGACUUUUCCGAUUGGAAUAGCCUGGCUCAGAAUCUUUCCCUGUUAAGCUGA